GAACAUCUUUCCCUGAGUUAUUCAAGACCAGGAGCCAGUAUAUCUCUGUGGCAUCUGCUGGACCUGUCCUGCUUGGGGUGAAAACGCAGUAUGUCUGAAAGAACAGCUGCUGUGAAAAGGAGCAGAAGAAAAUGUCAAGUGAGACUUUGUGUAACUCAUAGCCCAUCUGAUGGACACACUGUAAGUAACCCUGACAAUGUGAAGACGUACUCUUCAUUUCACAGUGUGUGUGCUGGUGAAGAUUUGCUUGCUGACAGCAAAGACAAUGGAGUUCUUUAUCUAAAUCCUCAAACACCAAACUGGUGUCUUGUAGAGAGGUUUGCUGAACUUUCACCAGCAGAAGAGGUAAAGAUGCCCGUGAAGCAAGUCCACAGGAUGGCCAUGGGACCACGUUCCAAACACGCUGAGACCAAAAACAAACAUAAUGGAUUGGCAGACGCUUUAAAGGAGAAGGAAAUAAACUCUGUACAUGACUUAACAAAACAAAACAAGGACUCAGACCAACUGAGGACAGCUAAUCUGAAAGAGCUAGAUGCUGAGGAAUACUCUCCUAAUGCGGAUAGAAAAGGGACCAAAAAGAGACUCAGAAAAACUCCCUCUGCAAAUAAUUCACCUAAAAAAUGUAAAGACGAUAAAGUUCCACGAGUUUUGGCUGCAAUGAAAAGACGAAGUGCAGUGGACACUGAGGACCGACCUUUCAAAUGUACACACUGCCACUGGGCUUUCAAGAAACUCUGCAACCUCCAGAGCCACUUGCAAACACACUCUGGCCUCAAACCACAUGUGUGUGACAUAUGUGGCAAGGCUUACUCACAUCAGGGCACUCUGCAACAGCACAAGCAUCUGCACACUGGGGAAAGGCCGUAUCGCUGUACCUUCUGUGACAAAACAUACAUCUGGUCCUCAGAUUAUCGCAAGCACAUCCGCACACACACCGGCGAGAAGCCCUACAUCUGUGAAACAUGCGGCAAGGAUUUUAUCCGCUCCUCCGACCUGAGGAAGCAUGAGCGGAACAUGCACACCAACAACAAGCCUUUCCCAUGUACGCACUGUGGCAAGACCUUCAACAAACCUCUCUCCCUGAAGCGCCACGAGCGCAAGCACCUCGGAGAAAGGCCCUUCUCCUGUCCAGACUGUGGGAAAGCAUUCGCUCUAGCCAGCCGCAUGGCCGAGCACCAGAAGGUCCACAUGGGAGUGCGGCCGUUUGUUUGCUCCGUGUGCUCCAAGUGCUUCACAAAAUCCUCCAAUCUAACGGAGCACAAAGCCAUUCACAGUGGAGUGCGGCCUCAUAAGUGUGGAGAGUGCGGCGUGGCAUUCGCCAUGGCUUCCCGUCUGGUUCGUCACCAGUUCAUUCACAACAACCAGAAGCCGUACGGCUGCACGGGCUGUGGCAAGAACUACACCCACCUCACGCAGCUGAAGCUCCACCAGGAGCAGACCUGUGCCGGCAGGAUCUUUGUCUGCGUAGAAUGUGACAAAUCUUUCCAGUGUGCCACAAAACUUGCACAGCAUGUGGCGGAACACAACGAGAAAAAAAUGUGACCCCAACACAUUUGGUGUUUAACAUAUGAUGUUUAACCCAUAUGUCAGAAAUCUUCAUUCAGUAUAGAAGAGAUUAAAUGUAUUCAAUAAUUUAGUGAAAUGUAGAUAACAGUCCUGCAUGAGGGUAGGUUACACAAAAUGAUGUCUGCCAAAGCCCUGAAACUUUCAGGUUUCUUCUGUUUAUACUUUCGUUUUCCAAAAUCAGAUCAGGAAAUAUAGAAAGCAUUUGUCAAAUAAUGAUUACAUUUAUGAAUGGGAGAAAAGGCCAAGGCCACCUGGUCCUAUAAGAAAAUGUAGAGCCUGAUAUCUAAAUCUGACAAUGAGUUUUGCUGUGGUGGAAUUUUGGCGCAACUUUCUUUUCAAAAUUGUUUUUAUUGGUGUACUUUGGAUCAUUGUACAAGUAUGCUUGAACUUAAGAUUACUUAGUAGCUGGAUGUUUUCCUACAGUAUUUUUAGGUUGAGAGUUUUUUUCCAGGUUCAGUCAAAUACGACAUGUUGUCCAGGACCUAAAGCAGCGAAGCAGAACUUUAUACAUUCCAAAAAGUUCCACUUUUGCCUUUUCAGCUCAUAGAACAUUUUAUUAAAAGUCUUGGGGCUUCUGAAAAUGUCUUAUGGUGUUUUGUUCAGGUCAGCCAUGGUGUUAAUCUUGAAACUCUCCUAUGGGUGCCAGACAAGUGAGGCCCACGAUGUUUUAAAUGUUGUUUCUGUUUUGCUUUUUUUUCUGAUCCUUGGAUGAUUUACAGAAACACUGUUAGAGUAAUCCUGGAAGGCCGUCUACCCCUUCGCUGGUUUAUGUAACUCUUUCUAGACUGAUAAAUGCCACUGACUUUGUUUCUCAAGCAUUCUUGAAGUUUUGAUUGACCAAAGCCAAUCCAACUGGCUUGGUAGAAUUAGCAGCAAAAGAAGAUUCUGUUGAGCUUGACCUACUUUUUGAUAACUUUGAUUCUUUUUCUUGUUGUCAGACAGAUUCUAUUUAAGAGAUUUCUUGAUUCUUCAAGUCUGACAGAAAUAAAGAUAGAGGAAUUGAAAUAACUUACUGUUAAAUCCACAUUUAACAAAGAAUAAUGUUUCUUUUUCACACUGGGCCAGGUUGAUUUGGAUUGCCUCUUCCCCUUAAUAAUUGAAAUCAUUUGAAAACUGCUUUUUGUAUUUAUUGUUUAAUUUUAUUUAUUUUUUUGAUAAUCUGAAGCAUUCAAGUUGGACAAAAAAAGACAGUAAUAUGAAAAAAAGUACAGGAAAAUACUUUUUCACAGUGCUGCAUGUAAUUAGACUGUUUGUAUUCAUAAUUACAGAUAGAUAAAAAUUAAAACCUUACACACUCCUCCCCCGGUGGGGGUGGGUUCGCAUCAGGGCUAAAAAUUUCCACUAGCACAGCUCUGAUAUUGGAGCUGGCAGUGAUGUGAAACCGCUUAGGGACGUGUUAGGCUGUUAUUAAUGUGAGAAUCCACGUGUAGCUGAUCAUACGCACAACUUUUUCUCUUUGCAUCUUGGCUCACAAAUAAAGUAGCGCCAACUGACAUAGACUUGGCUUUGAAUAAUUUGUUCUGGCUUGAGCGUGGCAUCAUUUCUCUCUCUUGUAUCUAAAGGUACACGGAAAUCAAACUGUCCAUUCUGAACAGCAUUUCUUAUCUAAACAAAACUCAGAGAUACAGCAGCUGUUUUAAGAUGCGAGACGUUCUUCAAACUUUAGGCUAAAGAAAAAACAUCUUGUUUUUUAACCUGAAGGCUACUCACACUAACUGGGAAGUGAGGGGAGUCCAGUGAUUAGACUGUUCCUGCUGGUAGAGAAAUGCAUCUUACCAAAAACUCUACAUUAGCAACUUUUUCAUAAGACGAGACCUUACAUAGUGUUAGCUGUAGCAAUGUUACAGAGGUGGACAGAAAUACAAAUAAAAUUCAAGCUAGCACAAUGCAAAAUUGGACGUGGUCAACAACUAAAACACUUUAAAAUUCCUCUAAAGCUGCAGUAUAUAAUGUUUAUAUAUAUAUAUAUAUAUAUAUAUAUAUAUAUAUAUAUACAUAUAUAUAAAAAGAUUUUUUUACAUAUUCAUUGAAACUGUCAUUGUGUCAUGACAGUAUAGUAUGGGACAGGUAAUCGGUUAAAUAAAAGCCGAUUCCCAGAGCUAACUAGAAACAACCAGUCACAGCCAAGAGGAGGGUCUUAGUGCUGUCAAUCAUCCCUGUGCGUGCCCUUUUGCUCUCUGCUAUUCUACAUCUUCUCCCCAUCAGCAGUAUGCCAGGAAUUGGCCUAAACUAAUUAGGAAUUAGCCUUAGCUAUUUCCUAGAAAACCAUUUAUCCGAUGACGGUGAGUUUCUUUUCCACCAUUGGCGUAUUUAUCAGCACAUUCACAACGUUGAUUGUCAGCACUAAGACCCUUCUCCUGGCUCUGAUUGGUUGUUUUGGUCGGGAGCGGUGCACUUCUUCAGAUAAAGAUGGGAAUUCUCAAAGACAACUGUUGGUCAUGUUGUUUGCAAUGGGAGGUGGGGGAGUUGGGUUGUCACGUGAAGUAUUGAAAAUGUUUUGCAAAAUGUAGUGUCAAUGCUACCUUUAGCUAUGUCGCUUACAAGGCCAUUCAUUUUACAAGCAGAAUUAAAAAUAUAAUUUAUUCUAUUUUGUCUAAAUCUCAAUGUUAUAACUGUGCCACGCUGUUUCAAAUUCAGUGUAUUCAAAAUAUAUUGUCCACACUUUAUCAUCUGGUAAAUUUUACCUUCUAUCAUAUUGUGUCUUCAUUUUACUUAAGCAAUCAGAAUGUAAUAAAUAAAAAUUAAAGGAAGAGUUUGU